UAUCGAUUCGAUAACACUCGUCCCCAGCGGUAAAACCCAAUAUAAAACUAUGAAAAAGAAUCCAGUGUAACAUCGACGCAGAACGAAAAAGUUCAAAAUUUUCAAUAUCCCAAGAGGCGCGGACCAACCCCUUCAUAAUGCACCCCCUGUGCUUCACGAUACCGAUACUCCUAAGUACAUUCUACGGUGUGAGCACCAUAGACGGUGGACUUCGUGCGGAACCGGGUCAAUUUCCUUACGUCGUAUCCAUAUGGAUGUUUGAAGGUCACCACUGCAGUGGCAUUAUCAUUGACAAGACUCACAUCCUCACAGCAGCACAUUGUGUUGCUGGCUUUAGCUCGGAAAAUUUAUUUAUCCUUCCGGGUGUUGUUGACUACGAGAACGAUCGCAGGGACUGGUUUCGAGUUAAAUCGUAUCGUAUCCAUCCGGAUUACGAGAGUCUCCAACUGCAGGGUCGUAGAUCUCAAUUGACACGUCAUGACAUCGCUGUUCUAACGCUGGUCAGGCCCUUGACCUAUAGCGGACUGAUCCUCCCAGCUGAGCUGAGUGAUGAGAGGAUCGAGGCCGAUGGAGAUGAUCGUGGCCCACAUCUUGUCAACGCUACGGAUGCCAUGGCCAUCGACGAUGCUUUAAAUAUUGCCCGCGACCAUAUGGAUACUGACGAUAGUGACGACAGUGACGACGACAGUGACGACUAUCACGAACGUUGUUGUCAAUGCGGAGUAGAUUUUACGAUACCCGGAUGGGAUUUCAUCGACGAGUCCAAUGAGAAGUUGUUGUAUUUACUCCACACAGACGCGAUUGUGUACUCGUACAGAAUCUGUGUCCAGCAGCGAAAGAUUCUCUUCGAGAAUGAAUUAUGUGCAGGAGAUUUGGAGGAAUCCACCAUUGCGGGGGAGGGGGACAGUGGGACGCCGAUUCUACUGAAUCAUAAAGUCAUUGGUAUCGUUGUGAGAGGUGCCCAAGAAGCUCACGGUGCCAUCCUCACGACUAUCCUCAGGAUAUCGCCGUAUCUGAAUUUUAUUAAUGAAGCAGUCCAGGAAACCCGAAGUGUCCUUCUGGAUCUUCUCAACCGCAAGGGAAAGUGAGAUGAGUCCUAACUCAUCCUGGGGAUAUGAGUCAUAUCUGUUGCUGCAAUCAGCGAUAAUGUAUCCCUAAUAAACCCAGUAAUUAGACAAAUA